GCUCCCGGUCCCGUGCGUCCCCUUUAUUUUCCCCUGUUGUACCGAGUUGUUGUUGUACCCAGUGGUUCAAUAAAUUUUGUACGAAGCGAGGUCCCGCCUCGGGGGCGGCCCCGGCCGGGGCGGAGCGGGGCGGGCGCAGCCGGGGCUCGGCGGAUGGCGGAGCCGCGGGGGCGGAGGGCGCAGGGCCGCCUGGCCCCGCAACACGUUUACCGCAUGGCCGGGGUGCUGGGCGCCGAGCUGCGCCGCCUCGCCGGCCGCUGCGGGCCCGAGGCCGUGGCCGGCGUGGUGCCGCCCGUAGUGCGGCUGCUGGAGCUGCUGGAGGCCUUGGUGGCCCCGGCGGGCACCGAGGGGGAGGCGGCAGCGGCGGCAGGACGGGACGAGGACCCGGAGCAAAGGCUGUGGGAGGCUGAGCGCCGGGAGCAAGCCCUGCGCAGCCGCCUGGCACACCUGGAGGAGCAGAACCAGCAGCUUCUGGGGCAGCUUGCAGAGAGCCAGUCCCAGGAAGACAGCACAGCUCGGAAGGAGCGGGAGGUGAUGCUGCGGCUGAAGGAGGUGGUGGACAAGCAGAGGGAUACGCUUCGUGCCCAAGCCCAUGAGAUCGUCUGCAAGAGCCGAGACACGGAGGCGCUGCAGGAGCAACUGCAUCGCUUCAUGGCCAUGAACGAGGACCUGCGUCACAAGGUGGCCGUGGUGCAGGCCCAGCUCAAGAGCGCACUGGAGAAGAAGUCGGACCUGGAGACCACGUUACUGGAAACUCAAAGGGAAAUGAGCAGGAGGAGCAGAACCGGCCCUGAGACCCAGCAGCCCAACCUGGAAGAAGUGCCGUUGCUCACGGAGGAGCCGCAGCAACAGGAUGCAGACACGGGCAGGAACCCUGCUCACUGCUGCUUCUCCAAGGAAGAGCUGCAGCAGAUCCUUCAGGAGCGGAACGAGUUCAAGACCAACCUGUUCUUGGUGCAGGAGGAGCUGGCCUAUUACCAGCGGGAGCUGCUGAACGAAGAGAGAAUUCCCAGCUUCUUCUUGAAUGCCAUGAAGUCAACUAUCAAAAGGCAGAGAAAGAAGAUCAGAGCCAAAAUGCUGGGAACGGUGGAGGAGUCGGAGAGCAGCGAUGAAGAUGAGAGCUCCUGGCUGCCGGCGCAUGGCACCGACUGCGUAGAUGCUCAACCUUCUGAAUCCAAAAUAAGGAGCUUUUUUGGGCCGUGGUAUCAGGGCAGCAGCAAUGACCCCUCCACAUCCAGCUGCUCAGGAGCCUGGGAAAUCAUCGACUCACUGGACACGCAACUGGAGCCGGAGAGAGCGAGCGAGCCAGCAGCCAGCGGCCCUGACAGAGCCACACCGCCCCUCUGACCCCACCU